AUGAUUCGCCUUCUCGUCGGUGCCCUGCUGCAGGUUGCCUUUGGAAUUAACUCUUUAAAUUACUUCGCCGAACGCGUGGGGCCUCCAGCAACUGCAGCAGCAGCAGAAUCAGCAGCAGCAGCAGCAGCAGCAGCAGCUGCUGCUGCUGCUGCUGGCGCAGCAAAUGGCUGCCGACGCUGCAAAGGCGUCAGCGCUCAAGCAAUACUUCAGCUGUGGGAUCAGCAACAGCAGCAGCAGCAGCAGCAGCAACAGGAGAGCAGCAAGGUCUUGCUGGCGCCUGCUGGCGGUUUGCUGCUGCAGCGCGUGUUGCUGCUGCCUGGUGUCUAUGAUAUUUUAUUUCCUUCGCUCUUGAAGUAA